CAGCCAAAAAUCACCAAUGACGAAAGGCCGACCGUCGAAGGGCAGCGACCGACUCGGUGCAGCCAUCAUUCGCGCGCGCUUCAAGAAGGGCGCCGUGUCCCGCGACGAGUCUGGCUUUAUUCACUCGGCUGAACUCGAGGACGGCUACAACUGGGCACGCCUCCAGUCAGUCACCGAGCAAGGCGAUCUCGACGAGUUCCUCACCACCGCCGAGCUGGCUGGCCAAGAGUUCACUGCAGAAAAACUCAACGUCUCGGUCGUCACGGAACCCCAGCACAGCGCCCUGCUGUCGCGAGAGGAGCAAAAGAUCCAGGAGAUGGUUCACAAGGAGCACAGCGAAAUGCUCACCGUGCCUCGACGACCUGCUUGGGAUGAAGAUACAUCUGCCGAAGAGCUACAGACAAAGGAGCGUGAAUCCUUCCUCGAAUGGCGCCGCCAGCUCGCUUGGCUGCAAGACGAGAAGGGCGUCAUCAUGACGCCGUUCGAGCGCAACUUGGAGGUCUGGCGUCAGCUGUGGCGCGUCAUUGAGCGCUGCCACAUUGUCGUUCAGAUUGUCGACGCGCGCAACCCACUCCUCUUCCGCUCGAGCGACCUUGAAAAGUACGUCAAGGAGAUUGAUCGCACCAAGAAGAACAUUCUGCUCGUGAACAAGGCCGACAUGCUGACAGAGGAGCAGCGCACCCAGUGGAAGCAGUACUUUGAGGCAAACAAGAUUACGUUCGCCUUCUGGUCUGCCAACGCCGAGUUGUCGCGUUUGGCCGAGAUUGCCGAGUUGCGCAAGCUCGAAGAGACGGUUGCCACGAUGGAAAGCAACUUGAAUGUGUCUGGGCGCGCAUCGUCAUCGUCCUCGGCUGCGGCUGCGGCCGCUGCCCCUGCAGCAUCAUCGGCUCCAGCACCCGCUGCCGAGGCAGACGACGACGAUGAUAACGACCAGUGGGAAUCAGAGGAGGAAGAAGGAGACGAUGCCGACGAAGCCGGCGAAGACGAAGAAUGGGAAACGGACGAAGGCGAAGAAGAGGACGAGGAAGAGGAGGAAGAAGAACCAGAGCCCGAACCAGAACCAGUGCCAGAACCAGAACCAGCGCCUGCACCGGCACCUGCUCACGUCCGAAUCAAGGGUGCAGCUCCGUCCAAAUUCCCGACGCGCGUGGAUCCACGAACAGGCGUCGUGCUGAGCGGACCAACCAAGGCGGCGCCAAACCACGCGCCUGCACCAAAGCCAGCGGCACCAGCAUCGGCUGCCUCGAGUGUUCUUGAGGAGCCCACCAUCACCCCGGCUGCCCUCCGCGCAGUGCGCAAGCAUCUUUCCUCCAUCCACGUUUUCAACGGCCCCGAGCUCUUCCUGCUCUUCCGCGCCCUCGGCAGCCGUCUCGUUGCCGAAGACGAGGUGCUCAACAUUGGCCUUGUGGGCUACCCCAACGUCGGCAAGUCGUCCUCGAUCAACGCACUGAUGGGCGAGAAGAAGGUGGCCGUCUCCGCCACACCCGGCAAAACCAAGCACUUCCAGACCAUCAACGUCUCAGAGGAUUUGAUUCUGUGCGACUGCCCCGGUCUGGUCUUCCCAACCUUCCUCUCCACAAAGGCCGAGAUGGUGUGCAACGGCAUGCUUCCCAUCGAUCAGCUGCGCGAGUACGUUGGCCCGACCGCGCUUGUCGCCCAGCGCAUUCCCCGCCGCGUGAUUGAGUCCACCUACGGCAUCAAGCUCAUCCGUCCUGCCGAAGGCCAAGAUCCCGACCGUCCUCCGACCGCCCAUGAGCUUUUGCAUUGCUACGGCUUCAACCGUGGUUUCAUGACCGCUCACGGCAGCCCCGAUGAACCUCGCUCUGCACGCUACAUUCUCAAGGACUACGUGAAGGGCAAGCUCCUCUUCUGCCACCCUCCUCCGAACGUUGAUGCGGCAGAGUUCAACCGGGUCCAGUCCAAGGACAUUUACUUGGAAGGCCCUGUCACCGGCUCGGCCAUCAAGUCCACCAAAGACAUUGCCUCUGCCCCGGUUGCUGGCCCUCGCCACAACCCGCGCUACCUCAAUCAAGUCGACGAAGACUUUUUCCAGCAAUCUAGAAAUGUCAAUCUCGUCGCGCGUGGCACGUACGGCGGCACGGGAGUGGCCCGAGUGUCGCAAAUCCCCUACCUCAACCCUGAGGGCGCCGCGUCCCUGUCACCUCGCUCGAGCGACGACAUCAAGGACAAGAAGCACAACAACAAAAACCGUCGCGAGAAGACCCGUCGCGUCAUGGCAUUGCAAUGAAAGACUCUGGGCGUAGUUGUGAUGCGUUCAUUGUAUUUUGACAAGAACAACAACAAGUGUUAUGAACAAAUUUGCAUGUGCCG